AGCAACCAGCACACUAAAAGAGUGAUGCUUUGUUCAUGUUUUGGCCAUAGGUUUGCUUUACGAAAUAGCAUGCCCUUCAGAAUGGAAGAAUGUAUCUGCCUCCUAUUUGAUGGGGUUCAGAGCUAAGAUGGCUGACUAAAUAAACAUGGGGAACUGGAAUUUCCUUGGAGGCAUCCUGGAGGAAGUUCACAUCCACUCCACCAUAAUUGGAAAGAUCUGGCUCACUAUCCUGUUCAUAUUUCGAAUGCUUGUUCUGGGUGUAGCAGCUGAAGAUGUCUGGAACGACGAGCAGUCUGGCUUCAUCUGUAACACAGAACAACCCGGCUGCAGAAAUGUAUGCUAUGACCAGGCCUUUCCCAUCUCCCUCAUUAGAUACUGGAUCUUGCAGGUGAUAUUUGUGUCUUCACCAUCCCUGGUCUAUAUGGGCCAUGCUUUGUACCGACUGAAAGUUCUGGAGAAAGAGAGGCAGAGGAAGAAAGCUCAGCUGAGAGGGGCACUGAAGGGGGUGGAGUGUGAAAUGCCCUGGGACAGGAGGAGACUGGAGCAAGAACUUUGUCAGCUGGAACAAAGGAAACUAAGCAAAGCCCCACUCAGGGGGACCUUGCUUUGCACUUACGUGAUACACAUUUUCACUCGCUCUGUGGUAGAGGUUGGGUUCAUGAUUGGACAGUACCUUUUGUAUGGAUUUCAUUUAGAGCCUUUAUUUAAAUGCCACAGCCACCCAUGUCCAAAUAUAAUUGAUUGUUUUGUCUCAAGACCAACAGAAAAGACAAUAUUCCUGUUAUUUAUGCAGUCUAUAGCCACUGUUUCACUUUUCUUAAAUAUUCUAGAAAUUUUCCACCUAGGUUUUAAAAAGAUUAAAAGAGGGCUUUGGGGACGAUAUAAACUGAAGGAUGAGCACAAUGAAUUCUUUGUGAACAAGUCAAAACAAAAUCUUGCCAAAUACCAGAGCACAUCUGCAAAUUCACUGAAGAGACUCUCUCCUGCACCUGAUUAUUAUUUGUUGAUGGAAAAGCAAACACACACAGCAGUGUGCCCUAGUUUAAAUUCACCUGCAUUUCAGGCAGAUCCUGACCAUCACAAUGGAAAUGAUGAGAAAUGCAUUUUGGAUGGGCAAGAAACUGUACUUUCUAAUGAGAUGUGCACACUUAGCGCAACCCGUAGUCACCUUCAACACAUCAGCUCAUGUAAUAAUGAAGACAGUCGCAAAAUAUUUAGAAAAGAAGUGGGCAACCCAUUAAAGGGAAAGAAAGAAAUCGAUGGCAAAGACAGCAAAAGGAACCACUACUCUAGAGGUCAAGGUUCUAUUCCAGGUGUUGCUAUAGAUCCAGACGACCACGUGGGACAGUCGCCUCAAACAGCUUUCUCUCUGCCAGCUAACUGUGCUUGGAAACGGAGGUGGCUUAGUGCUACAUGGGGUCCCUCUACUGAAGGUGAAAAUCGGACGUCACCUCCUAAAGGAAACCUCAAGGGCCAGUUCAGAGAGGGCACAAACAGAACCCUUCCUCCUUCCCAGGGAGACUGUCUGGACAUUCCAGACACUCCUGAUUCUUUGGGACGGUUGUCCUUAGAAUCUGAUUUGAUCAGAAGCUGCAAUAAUUCUACUGCUUGCCCUCCAAAUCAUUUAGCGCUGCUGACAAACAACCUCAUCGGUAGGCGGGCUCCCACAGACCUUCAGAUCUGAACAGCUGUUGACUUCUAGACAUCCUGCAUAUUCUAUUACCCUAGCGUGGUGGUGGUGGAGCAGGCAAAACAAAUAAGGGCAGCUCUAAAGACGAGCUGUUUAGGCAGACAAUUGCAAACCUACUUCAAAAAG